GGGAGGCAGAUCUUCUGUGCACAUAUCAGCUACUGUUGGUCAGUAAAAGCAUCAAAUCAGCAGCUCCAGUUAAAUUUACAGUAGAGACUUUUUUUUCCUCAAAAAAGGGCUUGGUUAGAUGAACAUUGUUGAAGUAGUAGACAGUCUGACGUUGACCAGAUUUGCCUAUAUCGCUGGUGGAAGCUUCUGCUAAAGGACGUAUUUAUUUUAGCAGCAGAUGGACCAGGGGCUAGAGUGGCUGGAAAACGUUGUGUUGAACGGAGCUGAGCCUCAGCCUGAGCUGUGAACGCCGAGGGAAGAUAAGGAGCCUGGCUGAGGGAGGAUUGACAGAGCUGCCUGCCACCUUGCUCGGAGCAGUGACGGAAGAGAGGGAGAGAGCGAAGCAUCCUUGUCUUGGGCUGGGCUGGGCUGAAUUUUGGGAGGAAUCGCAGGAACGCCACGUGUUGAAUGCAGAUUAGGAUUUGAUCCCAGCAGCACAGAUUGCUCAUUCUAACCAGGAUUACCCUUCAAGCCAAAGGUCCACCAGUACCUUGCCCCACAUCUAGCAUGGGCACGCGCAGUCUUCUGGGAUGCCUCCUUCUCAUUACUUUGAUUGGCACGUCAAAUGCUGGGUUUGUAAAAAAAAUCCUGCGCCACAGAAGACAGACUCUCUCCCCCCCUACAGAACACAAUGUCACUGUUCCCAGUGCAGGGCACCCUGUGAUUUUCAGCCACGUUUAUAACAUCAAUGUUCCUGCAAGUUCCCUGUGCUCGGUGGACCUGGAGGCACCAGAGGGCACACAGCUCCAUUCCAAAGACAUAGCGGCCAUGCCUCCAGGCCAACAUGUCACCGAACAUACUCUCGAUGGAGAAAACCAGAUCGUGUUCACCCAUCGUAUCAACAUACCUCGGCAGGCCUGCGGUUGCACCGAUGACUUCCCGGGCCUGAAGGACCUUAUGAGCCGGCUGGAGAUGCUUGAAGGAGAACUUUCAGCUUUGAGGGAUCAAUGCAGCAGUGAACAGCUUACAGGUGAGUUAGGAACAAAACCAUAUUGCAAUGGCCAUGGAAAAUACAGCCCUGAAACCUGUGCCUGCAUAUGCGAUCCUGGCUGGAGGGGACCCAAUUGCACUGAGGGCGAGUGUCCCGCAGGCUGCCAGGACCACGGCCGCUGUGUGGACGGAAAAUGUGAGUGCGACAAAGGCUUCACUGGAGAAGACUGUGCCCUCAAGACCUGCCCUAUGGACUGCGGAGUCCAUGGCCAGUGUGUGGGAGGCGACUGUGUCUGUUCGGACGGUUUCUUUGGUGAAGACUGCUCUCAAAGCCGGUGCCUAAACAACUGCCUGGGCCGUGGCCACUGUGAUGAAGGAGACUGUGUGUGUGAAGAACCUUGGACUGGCUCUGACUGCUCAGAACUCAUCUGUCCCAACGACUGCUACGACCGCGGACGCUGUGUGAAUGGUACCUGCUACUGUGACGGAGGCUUUAGCGGGGAGGAUUGCGGAGAACAAUCUUGCCCCAAUAACUGCCACAGCAACGGCUUCUGCAUUGAUGGCAAAUGUAGUUGCACUGCUGGGUACAGUGGCAAAGACUGCUCUCAGCUCACCUGCCUGAACGACUGUAACGGCAGAGGAACGUGCUUCAAUGGGAUGUGCAUCUGCGACUCGGGGUAUCAGGGUGAGGACUGCAGCCAGCUCGCUUGUCCGAAUACCUGCAACAACAGAGGCCAAUGCAUCAACGGGAGGUGCUCUUGCGACGUCGGCUUCCACGGAGACGACUGCUCCGAGCUUUCUUGCCCAAACAACUGUCUGCUGAAGGGGCGCUGUGUUAACGGGCAGUGUGUCUGCGACGAAGGCUUCGCUGGUGAAGACUGCAGCAUACGCACUUGCCCGUCAAACUGCUAUGGCCGUGGAGAGUGCAUUGAAGGACGCUGUGUGUGCCACAUAGGCUUCGGGGGCGAGGACUGCGGUCGGCUGAGCUGCCCGCACGACUGCAGAAACCAAGGCCGGUGCGUUGACGGGCAGUGUGUUUGUGACGAAGGGUUCAGCGGGGAAGACUGCAGCCAGAAAGCUUGUCCCAAUGAUUGUCUGGCACGGGGCCACUGUCUCGACGGAAAGUGCUUCUGUAAGGAGGGCUACAAGGGAGACGACUGCUCUGUGCUCGCGUGUCCAGAAAACUGCAACAACAGGGGCCGCUGCGUCAACGGGAGGUGCACGUGUGAGAGCGGAUACGAAGGGGAGAGCUGUGCAGAUCUGAGCUGCGUCAACAACUGUCAGGACAAAGGCCGCUGUGUGAAUGGUCAGUGUUUCUGUGAUGAGGGGUACAUUGGAGAGGACUGCUCUGAAGUGUCUCCUCCGAAGGACCUGGCCGUCGGCGAGGUCAGCACAGACACUGUGGACUUGUCCUGGAACAAUGAAAUGCUGGUCACUGAGUACCUCGUCACGUACGUCCCCACCAGUCCAGGCGGUCUCCUCAUGGAGUUCACGGUUCCCGGAGAUAAAACCGCUGCCACCGUUAAAGAGCUCGAACCUGGCAUUGAGUACCUGAUCAGCGUCUACGCUGUGCUGAGCAACAAGAGGAGCAUUCCAGUCAGUGCUAGAGUGGCUACACAUCUCCCACAACCAGAAGGUUUGAAAUUCAAAUCAGUGAGAGAAACCUCUAUAGAGGUCGUGUGGGACCAGCUGGACAUUUCCUUUGACAGCUGGGAGAUUUAUUUCCGCAACACGAAAGAAGAAAAUGGAAAGGUUGUUAAUACCCUUCCGCGGUCCCAAAACGAGUUUCUUCAGUCGGGGCUUGGACCAGGACAGGAGUAUGAGGUCUCUAUCAACGUCCUAAAGAACAACACUAGAGGGCCCCAGACAUCCAGAACAGUCACCACAAAGAUUGACAGCCCCAGGCAGGUGGAGGUGAAAGACGUUACGGACUCCUCGGCUCUGAUCAGCUGGAAUCUGCCAGUGGCUCCGGUGGACGGGGUCACCCUGAUUUACGUGCCCAGCUCCGACCCCUCAGAUGAAACCACAGAGGACAUUUCCCCAGCAGACAAACAAUACAACAUGGACGCUCUGAGACCAGACACGGAGUACACUGUGUCCAUCAUCUCAAAGCGCGGAGAGGCAACCAGUGACCCCAUCACCACCACGUUUGCUACAGCACUGGAUGCCCCCACAGACGCACAGGCUGUGUCCCAAACCGAUGACAGCAUCACUCUGGAGUGGACCAACAGUCAAGCUGAUGUCGGCAGCUAUCGGGUGAAAUACAGCCCCAUCUCUGGUUCCAGUCACGGCGAGAGAGUCUUCCCGCGAGGCUCUGGACGCACCACGCAGGCUACCAUCACUGGGCUGAAGCCGGGGACAGAGUACGGGCUGGGAGUGACAGCCGUGAAGAACGAGAGGGAGAGCCUCCCUGCUACCACAAACGCAGCGACUGACCUCGACCCCCCGAGAGAUUUCAGAGAGGUCGGGUCCACCGAGACGUCUCUCACCGUCAGCUGGCAGAAACCUCAGGCUAAGGUCAGCGGCUACAGACUGGCGUACAUGUCCAGCGAUGGCCGGGCUGAAGAGGUGAAGAUCCCGGCUCCUGCAUCCACAUACGUCCUGUCCGACCUGACUCCUGGUAUGAGCUACGCCAUGACUUUGGCCGCGGAGAGGGGGCAGAGAAGGAGCAGACCCAUCUCCCUCUCAGCAUCUACAGCCACUUUCACUUUUUAUUUAGCGGCCUCGGACGACCGUGAACAAAGGACUCCAACAGGCUCGGAGGACAAUGUCAGUAGCUCUGUAAUUUUAGAGCUGCCUGAAUCGCAGAUUUUUGAGACAGAGCCCGAGGACGAGCAUGGAAAGCCGACUGUCUCGGGCAUUGCGUCUGAUGGAUUUGACCCCUCUGGGAAGCUGAAAACUCACAGUGCUUCUGACGAGGUUGCUGUGCGAUAUGAGGACACUCAGAGAUUCUGGGAUGGGAGAGAGGUCCAACUCUCAGGAGAUUCAAAUGGGGCUAGAAUCAGUGGCCUGACGCCAUCCGCAGAAUAUGAAACUGAGUUGUUUGGAACAAAGGGUAGCCAGGUAUCUUCACCAGAUGAAGCUGUUGCAGUAACAGCUCCUCCAGAUGUACUUGCACUGAGCAUCAAAGAAGCGCCGACAACCCCACAGUCUGCUGAGGACGAGGAGAACCUUGAACGUGUCUACAGUGUUGAGAGUGACGCAAAUUCUGACAAUGAAGCGAUGAUCUCUGGGGUCGGGCCUGAAAGCUCAGGCGUGGAGCUUCUAAGCAACCUCUCGGCCAAUGCCACUGCCACGAGCGUGCGCCUGAUGUGGUCGGCGCCCGAUGAAGCGUUCGACAGCUUUUCGGUGGAGAUUGUUGCUCUUUCGGCUGAGGCAGCGCAGCCUCACGUAACCACGUUGCCUGGAGGUUUUAGGAAGGCCAAAAUAGAGGGUUUGUUGCCCUCUACGCUCUAUGAAAUAACGCUGCAAGGGCUGAUGGAGGGGAAGCGAUCGUUUCCUCUCAGAGUUGUGACCACAACAGCGGGGCUGGAGCCAACGCUAGGGACCCUCGUCCUUUCUGACAUUACAUGGGACAGUUUCACAGCAUCCUGGAGCCCCUCAGGGGGGGACUUUGACAGCUUUGUCAUUGAGGUAACAAACAUGGAGGAUUUUGCAGAGAGACAGAACCUCACUCUGUCUGGAGACGCCUCGAGCCUGGUCAUCUCUGGACUGAAUCCCAAUACCAACUACAUGGUUGGCUUGUAUGGGAUGCAUCAGGGUUCCUUCCUAGAACCCCAGUACAGUGAAGCCACAACAGUUAUUCAGCCAGUGGUUGGCAAACUGUAUGUCUCAAACUUAACAUCCGAAAGCUUUACGAUCCACUGGAACAGCACUGAAAGGCAGUUUGAUGGUUUUGUCCUGGAGAUAAUUGACUCAGACUGGCUCACGGAGCAAAAGGAGUAUAACAUAUCUAAUAACAUAUCGUCCCAGGAUGUCACAGGGCUCAGGCCCAGCACUGAUUACAUAGCCUACCUCUAUGGGAACUACAAGGGAUCUCGCACAGGAGCUGUCAGUAUUGUUGCAUCAACAGCUGAGGAGCCCGAUUUGUCCAAGCUUGUUGUUUCUAACAUUACCUCAGACAGAUUCUCUCUGUCAUGGCGAACAAGAGAGAAGGAAUUUGAUAAGUUUAUAGUCGAAGUCAGAGAGUCGGCUUUGCCCUCGCAGGCGAUGGGGCGCGCUCUACCAGGAGACGUUCGCUCCACGGUAAUGGCCGGGCUCAAAGCAAACACGAGCUACGACAUAAAGCUUUAUGCCAGUGAAGGUGGCAGACACAAUACACAGCCUCUCCUGGCUGUAGCUACAACAGAGGAGGUCCCGCAGUUGGGGACGAUAGUUGCUUCUUCCGCUAGCCCCCAUCACAUCAGCUUGUUUUGGAACACAUUGUCAGGCCACUUUGACGGCUUCGUUAUCCAAGUCAGUGACUCGGAGCAGCAGUCCGAUACGCUGGAGUUCAGGCUACCUGGUGAAGCCCGUAACAUUACAGUGCCUAACCUGAUGGAUGAUACGGGCUAUAACGUUGAAGUGUACGGUAUUUCUCAUGGACGUCGCACUCCCUCUGUAUUCGUCCAUGCUCUCACAGCUCCUUUACCUAAAGUGGAAAACUUGACCAUAUCCAACGUAACCCCCUACGGUUUCAGAGUGUCCUGGGAAGUGAGGCAGGAGCCGCAGCCGCUGGAGGAUUUAUCCCCCUCUGGUGGCAGUUUUAGCCACUUUCGCAUAGUGGUGACAGACUCAGGCUGGCUGUUGGAGCCUCAGGAGUUCACCGUGCCAGGAGACCAGAGUCACCUGGACAUCUGGGGCCUCAUCACCGGCAUUGGCUAUGAGGUCAAGCUAACCGGGGUGUCUGAGUCUGGCCUUCUCUCUCGGCCCCUGACUACAGUGGCUGUGACAGGUACCGCUUACAGUGCGCUGAGAGGGCCCUCGUUUCACUAAACACUUCUGUUUCUUGUUUUGCUGCAGCUGCUCUAUGUGCCCAUCUAAAGCAGUUAAAUCUCGAGACCCAGUUAGGAGGUUUUACUGUUGUAACACGAUGCGUAGAUCUAGAUAAAUACACCCUUGGUUAAAAUCUUUGGACCAUGAAAUGAAUUCCGAGGGCUCACAUUUCACACCUGUGGAUUAUAACGAGGUUGUAAGUAUAGCUUUAAUUGCAAUAAGAAGAAAAAGGAAUAAAAGACAAAAAUAAUUAAUAAAUGCAAAUUUGAAUUUGCAAAACUGCAUUUAAGCUCAUUUGAAAAGGA